AUGAAUUGCCCCUCUAGCAAGAAGAAGCCUAAACGAGAUGGCAAGCCUAGACAGGAGGAACAUCUUGAGCAGAUUCCCUUCCGCCUCCGAGAGAUUAUGAAAAGCAAGGAGAGGAUGAAGAUGGGGCCAAGCAAGACCAAGAAGAUGAAAAAAGGUCAGUCAUCAUGCAAUUCUAACCUCCAGUUUUUAAUAUCGUUCUAAAUCCUUGAUUAUGCCUAUACAUGAAUGCCCAUGGUAUUAGCUGAGGUCUUUGAUACUUAUAAAAACAGACUUGUCUUUCUUAAAAGUUGAAUUGAAUUGAAGCUGGUAUCCAGUAUUCCUCAGUUUCGUUUUCUGUCCUGUUCCUUAUAUUCUUGAUUCUUUACUUGGAUCCCAUUAGCUGAAGCCAUCGCCCUCACUCCCAAACCCAAGCCAGGGGACGCUACACUUGGAGAUAUCCCUGUUCCACACUUCCGUAGAAAGAAGAAGGAGAGUGAGAAGUCGUACCUGCGGAGGAUGGGCAACGAGGCGCAGCACGUCCUCUUCCUCACCAAGAACCAGAUAGAGAGACACCCGGAGAGGGAGCUAGAGGAGCAGGAGAAACCUGCUGGCACCGGGAAAUGCAAGUCUGACAAGAAGAAAGAGUGAGUGGAGCCAGACAAACAUUCUGUUCCUCAAUUCCAACCCGACCCCUAGCCCCUCCUCCGUUCGUUUAGGCCUACACUUAUGAAUUGAUUGUUGUUUUUGUUUAAAAACAUUUUUACUUUGUUGUUUAUUGGUUUAACGCAGCGUUUCCCAAACUAGGUGUCACGACCCCAUGUGGGGUUGCCUGAUUUUGGAAAUGGGGUCACAAGAGAAACACUGAAAUAGAAAUGGAUAAAAUGCUCUGGUUGUUGAAAUAAACAGCGGUUUCUGUUUUCUUCCUACACAUGUGGCUCUAUCUAUUGAACGGUUUAAGCUACAAAAUAUUAUGACCCCAUCACUGAAAGUUAAGACUCUAAGGAACAUGUAUCUUCUGUUUCCCUCUACCAUGCCCACAAGCCGGGCAGAACUCAUUAGAACAGAGUAGACAAGACCAGGCACUAAAUCAGACUGGAGAAAAAAGAACAUCAUCAACGAUUAUGUGCUUUUCCUGGACAGAAGAUCAUACAAAAGUAUUGCCUGGUGAUCUUCUGAAUUUCCCAAUACCUUUCUAAUGCAUUUGUCACUUCAAACCAUACUUCCUUCAGAUUGAAAUACUGUCAAAAGUACUUUCGGACUGAUUUGUAAUCGACUGUCAUAGCCCCUGGGAUCUCCAAAAAAUACAAAAAAUAUAAAUGGAAAAGACUAAGUUUAAGGUUGAGUGUGAUGUUACCCGCUUUCUACAGCGUGAUGACCAAAUGAAUUUGCCCCGGUGUGAUGAUAAAGUUAACAAACUAAAAAUAUCCAACCCCUUCAGAUCUACAGUAGUGUCUAGGGAGGAGGGGUUAGGGGUUGAUUUGAAAUGUAGCCUUUGUAUGUAGUCUCAAAGGUAGUGGUCUCAAAUUCAACCCUUUAUAGUUUGUCCUCUCCUGUAUGACCGCAGGUAUGAUAAAAGCCGGCUGGACAGGCUACAUAAGAAGAAACUGGACAGGCGGGAAGAGAAGGCAGAAAACGACAUGUUCAUAGGUAUGUAUGGAUUUUCAGCAGAUUAUGCUGUACAUCAGGUCAUUAGAGAUGUAUACAUGCUGCCAUCAUCUAAUUCCCUAUCCCUUAAUUUUUAGAUGAAGUUGCCUUUGGAGAAGUUGCCAUGGCACCACCGACUCUGAGUAUCAAGCCCAGGAAGGCACUGAUCAAGCCCCAGGUAAGUGUGCGUGUGAGUACGUAAAAAGAGCUAUCCUCGUUUGAAUCAUAUCACUCCCCAGAGGGGUAUACUACGAUGCAAGCUAGAUUACUCUGGAUUUGCUAAAGCUAGCCUGCUUCGGUUAGCUUCACAUUCCAGCUCAGGCUUCAUCCAUGUUACGAUGGUAGAUAUUGAUCGUCCACCUGCCGUCUACUCGAGCCUGCUCAAGCCGAGCUUGUAACUGCGUGCUCAUGCCGCACAAGGCUAGUCGAUCAAAAGUCAUAAAGGUUUACUUUGCUGGAAGUUUCAAGUGCAUCCUGUCAUUAUUAAAUGUAUAAUGUAAUACGUAUUUUAAUAUUAGCUUUGUAAUUUUUUGUAUUAAUAAAAUAUUGAAUCAGUCAUCUUCCUUAAAUGAAGGGGAUGAUGACUUGCGGCUCAGGCACUUCAUUCAGGAUAAGUGAAGUUAGCCCUGGAUUCGUUGCCUGGUUAAAAGGUGAGCCACUUUAGUGUCACCGGUUAUCCCGAGUUGAACUCUGAGUUGACCAAAGUUAGCUCGCUAACUCCUCUAGCUCACGUCAUAGUACACCACUCUGGCAUCUUAGAGUAGUGCUGAUCUAGGAUCAGUUUUGCUUUUUAGAUCCCAAUGAAUAAGAUGUAAAGAAAAAUAUAUUUAACCAUUAUUUUGACAGGGAAGUCAUACUGAGACUAGGGUCUCUUUUUACAGAUGAACCCUGCAUAAAUACUGUACUUCAAACGCAUACAAUAUACAAAAUUACAAAACCUACUAAGAAAAACACACAUUUAUCAACAUUGAGGUCUCCGAUCAUUACUCAAAACUGUCCAAGGGGGGACCAGAACAUCUCAUUUCAGUGAGUUCUGUAAGUUGUUCCACAUAAAGUAUGCAAAAAAACUAAAAGCAGCUCUCUGUGGAGACCGAAGGGGCCAAAUCCAGUCUCAGGCUUGGUUUAUCUACAAAGCCCUCAUGCAGACACUUCCUAUGUAUCUAUCAUCAUUAAUUCAAUUUAGACUGACAAAUUACCAAACCCAGUCUCAGGCCUGCUCGCUCCUUACAUUUUUGAUACAAAAGACAAUGGUGAGUUCUAUAACCAUCACCAGUAAUAAACCUAAGGGCACAAUGAAAAACAACAUCUAGUGGUUUAAGUGUAGAUGCUGCUGCAUGCAUGUAGAUAAUAUCCCCAUAAUCUAUAAUAGACAUAGGUUGCCUGGACAACUUCAUUCCUAUUAACAAAAGUCAGACAUGCUUUGUUUCUGUAAAAUAAACCAACCUUGAACUUCAACAACUUAAUCAGCUCAGUGACAUGUUUUUUAAAUGACAGUUUGUCAUCAAGCCAUAUACCAAGAUAUUUGUCGGAAGGAAAGAACUCAAUUUGUGUACCGUUCAAACUGGUCAUUUACUAAUUUUAUUCAAAUCUGGGUUAUGGGACCUAGAAGAAAGCAUGUUUUGUUUGCAUUUAGCACUAAGUUUAGAUCCAAUAGUAACCUCUGCAGUGCUUGAAAAUCAUACUUCAAAUGUGAAAAGGCUUGGCCAACUGAUGGAGCAAUAGAACACAACACUAUUAGCUGCGUAUAAAUGAAUAUACAAUUUGAGAGAAAUUAGCUUUUUGUGUGUAUGUAACAUCAUUUAUUUCAGCUCAUUAAUCAUGGGACCAUCACUUUACAUGUUGCAUUUAUAUUUUUGUUCAGGAUAGAUUGUAAACAGUAAUGGGCCGAGUAUCGAAGCUUUGGCCACCCCUUUAUGUAACUCGAGGAACUCCGAUUUGACCCCAUCUACCUUGAUGGCCUGAGUUCUGUCAUUGAGAUAAUUAUGAAACCAUCAGCAAGCCAACCCAACCCUAUCGAGGACAGCUUAUUCAACGGAAUAACAUGGUCUACAGUACCAAACGCUUGACAGGUCUACAAACAUGGCAGCACAAUUCUUUCUAUCAUCGAAGUCAUUUGCAAUAUCAUUUACAACAAGCAUGGUAGCCGAAGUGGUGCCAUGUUUAGGUCUGAAUCCAGAUUGAUAAACAUUAAGAAUACCAUUUAUAGAUAGAAAAUAACUUCAUUGGUUGACCAAUAAUUUGUAAUAUUUUCGGAAGACAAGGAAGCCUGGAAAUGGGUCGAUAAUUAUCGAGAUCACCACUAUCCCCGCCCUUAUGGAGUGGUAGCACAAAAGCUGCUUUUGACACUUUUUGAAUAUUUCCUGAUAGUAAAAAAAAAUUAAAUGUGUUACUGUGCCAGCAAUGAGGGGCGCUGCAUACUUAAGCAAAUACGGGUCCAAAUUGUCAGCCCCUAAUGAUUUCUUGGUGUCAAUAGCUAAUAAGGCAGCAAGAACAUGUUUCUGUGAUUUGCCAAAAUGAAAAACCCUGACUACCAUUUCCCAAGUCACGUGAGGUUAACUGACCAAUGAUUCUAGUAUUAUCGCAAGACAAGGGAGCCUGGAAAUGGGUAGAUAAUUAUCAAGAUCACUUCUAUCCCCGCUCUUAUGGAGUGGUAGCACAAAAGCUGCAUUUCACACUUUUGUAAUAAUUCCAUGGAUGGGGGGGGACUGAUCCUAGAUCAGCACUCCUACUCUGAGACUCUUUAUGAAUACAGGCUCAGAUGAAUGGCUCUAGACUAUUGAAUAAUGUUAGUCCAUCUUCUCUCUCCCCUCCAGGGUGUGUGUAAGGGUCUCCUGCUGAACUCUCUGCUAGGCCAGACCCAGUUCUCCACAGCCAAGCCGUCCAUGGCCAGACAGAGGAUGAUGGAGGAGGAGAGGCAGCGGGUCGUGCAGGCCUACCGCCACCUGAAGAAACAGAAGCAGCAUCAGCAGGAGGCCAAGGCAGCUGGGAUAGACAAGCUGAAGAACCUCCAGUGAGACUCCAGUCGGACACGGGCUGUGGUCCCAUUCUCUGCCUUGCUCCCUCAAGGUGUGCACUUCUUACUUACACUCCCCUUGCAUCACUGUAUUUGCACAGUGAUGCAACUUAUGACAUCUUCAAAUGGGGGACUAGAUCUAUAAAGUGCUUUCAUUUCUAAAUGGCCAAUCAGAUAAGUAUGAAAAUGC